CCGAUACCUAUCGCGUCGGUAGCACGUCGUUACGCGAUACUAUCGAGAUAUCGAUACAUCGAGGGUUGUAUCGUAAGUGAUGUGCGAGUGGCUUUAUUUGGACUAUCGAUUUUGAAAUUUAAGAUACUUACCUACAGCCUGCAAAAUGGGGCAAGACGAGAAAAAAGGUUCUAUAAUCUUGGACAAUUUUAAUUCUACAGCAAACUUGGCAUCGAACCCCGGCUUCCAAUCAACUCUCAGCCUCGGCUCUAAGGAUGUCAUCAACGAAAAGGCGUACGACCCCUUCGAACACCGGAGGGUGGAGCACCCUAACUCAACAAUCGGUUCCUUGGUACAUCUACUGAAGUCCUCGCUUGGCUCCGGUAUCCUGGCUAUGCCUGCCGCCUUCAAGAACGCAGGAUUAGCUAUCGGCGCCUUCGGUACUAUCAUAGUGGGCUUUAUCUGCACGCAUUGCGUUUAUGUUUUGGUGAGGACAUCGCAACAGGUGUGCGUGGAAGCAAAAAAGCCUUCGAUGGGAUUCGCCGAGACCUGCGGAGCCGCGUUUGAGUUUGGACCGAAGAGAUUACGGCCUUGGGCCAACUUUGCAAGAACAUUCAUAGAUUACAUAUUAACAGCGACAUAUUUGGCUGCGCUCUGCGUCUACGUCGUAUUCAUCGCAGAAAAUUUCAAAGAGGUGCUAGACGAAUACUACCCCCACUAUAAGCUCUCUGUAGAAGCCUACUGCGCCUUAACCCUCGUACCCCUCGUCCUCAUCUGUCAGAUACGGAACCUCAAAUGGCUGGUGCCGUUCUCAGCGAUUGCCAACGUGUUCCUGGUUAUAUGCUUCGCGAUCACCAUGUAUUACAUAUUCCAUGACAUGCCGAACCCUAAUGAACGGGAGAUGGUGGCUAGUGUCACCCAAUGGCCUCUGUUUAUCAGUACAGUUAUCUUCGCAAUGGAAGGCAUAGGAGUCGUCAUGCCAGUUGAGAACGAGAUGGCCAAACCGGAGCAGUUCUUGGGCUGUCCUGGCGUAUUGAACAUUGCCAUGACUAUAGUCAUCUCCUUGUACGGUCUUGUGGGCUUUUUUGGAUACAUCAAAUAUGGAGACGCCGUUCGAGGAAGUAUCACUUUGAAUCUUCCUCAGGAUGAACUAUUAGCGCAAAGUGCAAAGAUCUUGAUGGCUCUCGCGAUCCUCUUCACGUACAGCCUCCAGUUCUACGUGCCCAUGGAGAUGAUCUGGAGACAGGUCCACCACAAGAUCGCUGUGAAGUACCACAACGUCACGCAGAUCGGCAUCAGGACCCUCGCUGUAGUUGGAUCAGUUGCUUUAGCCGCAGCAUUCCCUGAUCUGGAGCUCUUCAUCAACCUCUGUGGCGCCAUCUUCCUCUCAAGCCUCGGUCUCCUCACACCAGCCAUCGUAGACACCGUCCACAACUGGGACCGAGGGUUGGGAACUUUCAACUGGAUCCUGUGGAAGAACAUCUUCAUAUCCAUCCUAUCCUUCAUCGCUCUUUUCGCUGGAUCAUACGUAUCUAUAAUAAGUAUGGUAGAGAAGUAUAACUCAACGCCUGUUUUAGAAGCAGCUGGUAAUAUUACAAUUGUUAGUACAUAGUAGUAAUGGAUAGAAGUAAAAUUGUAUAUAAGUGACCACAACAGUGAAUAAUGUAUAAAAAUAAAUGUUUGUGUGUUAGUUCGUUGGUAAGGGUCAGCCCGCAGCGCACGGCGUGAAAUUUUGCAGUGGGGGUUUACCCUAAGAUUCAGUACGCACAUUAAUACUGCCAGAAAAAAAAUUGUACGGAAUUACCUGUCUAGUACGUAGUACAUAAAAUUUGUUGAAUGUACACGAAUAAUAAUAUUGUAUUUAUCAACACUAUAAUGCUGAAAAAGUUUCAUUAUUAAGUACCUUUAUGUGUUAAGUACAAAAAUAUACUUAUAAAAAGUAUUAGGGAUAAGAGUAUCGAAUAAUCUAAUAAAAUUAUACUUAAUAAUUAAUAGUUAAAAUAAAUUAUAAACCUAUACUUUUAUUUUGUUAAAAAAUGUACCAUCAGAGAUAAAAAUACUGUUGAAGUUAGAAAUAAUCUAAGCAAUAGUUACUUAUCAGUCUUUUGACUAUAAACUUAGGUAGGUAUUUAAGACUAAUUAAUAAGACUAACAUAAUGUAUCUAGCCAUUGUAUUAUGUGCUUAACAGGGCUCUCUCUGUCACUCGUUUCAUACAA